GGUAUUGCUAAUUAUUUAAGUACAGCAAACAGUGUUUGCCAUAUCACCCUAGAAUGUACCACACAACGACGUGCAAGUAGGAUAGCCCCAAAAUAGGAUCGGUGCACCGAAACUUAAUCGAUUCUAGAAGUUUCCCCUGGCCUACAUAAGGAUAUAGCAACAAGCUCGUUUCGCUAUAUACAUAGUAAUGACGAUUUUAUGCAGGUGGUUCGCUUGGCGAAAACGGAGUAGAGUCGGUGGCUGCAGAUUAGAAACAUAAAAAAACGACUUUUUGACUCUAUGCAUACAUCACGUCCGCAUUUGCACAACCCAUGUCAACAACUUCCGGUACCUAGCAGUUACGUUAGUUCUCGCACAAAAUGCCCCUAGGAGUUUUGACCGAUCUAUCCAAAAUGACAAACAACAUUUAGCUACAUAUGUUGCAAACCUUAAAGCAAGAGGGAAAAGGGCUUCAAAUUGUACGUUUCGAGCUACAUCGACAAUUGAAGAUGGGCUACAUGCAGGUCAAGCAACAGACGCCAACCAUGCUUCACCUGAGGAGGUCCCCAAGCAUCCGCUCCUGGGCCCUGCUGGUCGGCAUCGCAUCCAUUGGCCUGGCGGCUGCACACUACAGUUCAGACAGCCUCUUGUGGAGGCUGUUCUAUGUGGGAGGCUGCCUCUUUGUGGCUCUGCAGAACAUGGAGGAGUGGGAGGAGGCUGUGUUCGACAAGUCCAAGGACGUGAUCGAGCUGAGGACCUCCAGCCUCUACGCCAUGAUCCUUACGCUCUGGAGGAGAGGGCAGGAGAAAGUGGUGCUGAACAUGGCCCACCUGAGUGACGUGUGUGUGCAGGAGGAGAAGGUGCGCUACCUGGGGAAGGGCUACCUGGUGGUGCUGAGGCUGGCUACGGGCUUCUCCUACCCGCUCACGCAGAGCGCUACGCUGGGCUCACACAGUGAUGUGGAAGCUGUGGCUGCGUUGCUGAUCCGCUUCCUGGGCCUGGAGGACCUGAGGCGACGCUGGGAGAGGGAGGAGGAGCAGAAGAAAAGGAACGAGGCAGCGCUGGCAGCGGCACAGAGAGAAGAGAAUCAGGAAGUUGACGCCAACCACAGCAGUGACUCGGACGAGCAACCCUUUUAACCUUUCAGGAACCUCUGACCUGAGUUUUGACCUUGGAACUGAAUCAUGGACAGGGUGGACGUUUUCCCUAAGCACUGGUCCAGGGUCAGAUGUUACGUUAAUUUUCCUGUGUUUGGGGUCAGGGUUGGCGGAACGGUAAUCUGAUCCUGGGUCUGAGUUUACAGGACGCCUUCUACACCUACCCUGGAAAGGGGGAAAGAGGUGAAACUAUGAAAACAGAGAGAUUCUGGCCUUUACUGCCCUCGUUAUGGUCGCACAACAUUCCUCGAUGAUACAUCAACUGCCUGCUCCUUCCCUCCUCCGGAACAAUCUGGAAGGUUUAUAAAGGGCAUUGAGACACAUUCUUUGGUAUAUUUACAGUUCUAUCUCUAUAUCUAGUACCAUUUGGUGUGUACUGCCUUACAUCGGCGACUCACACACCUAUGAGGUGUGAAUGACCUCAUGCUGUCUUAAACAUUCCAGAGGUAAAUACCAUCCACAUCUUCUAACUGCCUUGUGACUUAACUGGAUUAAGUAUCAUUUUAUGGAAAACGUCAAUUUGAGGGAUUCAAAUUAUUAUUAUUUUUUCAGACCACCCAGUUGACAAUCUCUACGUAUCAGUGCAUAGUGCUGUCAUAAGCUGAAUGCAUGUGAUUGUAAACUAUAAUCAAGCAUGGCAGAGAUGAGAAUGUUUGUUUGUGAUCUCUGAAAGUUAAACCAAUUUAAUCUGGUUCUCCUGACUGGGUCAGUUACAAUAAGAAAUGCUAAACCUCAGGUUAUACACUAGUUGAAAUAAUGUUUUCAAUUCUGAAAGGGGUGAUGUUUUUUUUCUGUAUUUAUGUACGGUUAAUGUGAAUGUCAAUUCUUAUCAAACCUAAUUGUGAUUUUAUCGUCUCCAUUCAGAUGCACCUUUUUGAUUUGUUUACAUUUAUU